GCCGGAUUCAUCGAGUCCGCCGAUAAAAGCAACUGCCCCUCGUCCCUGGUCCGUUGUUGUAAGCGCAUCCCAAGAGUCAUAAAAAAGUGGAAUUCAGUUGAGUCAGAACAGAAUUCAUUGAUUCAUUGGGAGGUAUAAAACCAUAUAAACCCAACUCCCAGCACGAAUACAGGACACAAAAGAAAGAAAAGAAACAUAGGAGGAAUUGAAACGGAAACAUGCCCACCCGUGCCGAGAUCACCUACUUCGGCGCCGGCCCGGCGGCGCUGCCGACCGAUGUCCUCGAGACGGCGGCACAAGCACUCCUGGAUUACAACGGUACCGGCCUGGGCAUCGCCGAGCACAGCCACCGGUCCGAGCUGGCCACCAACAUCAUUAACGAAGCCAAGGCCGACCUGGCCAGCUACCUGGACAUACCGACGGGCGACUACGAGGUGGUCUUCAUGCAGGCCGGGGGCACCGGCGAGUUCUCGGCCGCUGUCUACAACCUUGUCGGCGCCUGGGUAGCACGGCAGCACGCCGCCAUCGUUUCAGAGUUGGGCGGUGACAAGGCUGACGAGGCUGCCGUCGUGGCCGCCCUCCGCGCCCGCGUCGAGUCGGACCUCAAGCUCGACUACAUCGUCACGGGCGGCUGGUCGCUCAAGGCCUACCAGGAGGCGGUGCGAUUGCUGGGGCCGGAGUACGUCAACCUUGCCGCGGACGCCCGGACGAUCAACGACGGCAAGUUCGGCAAGAUCCCCGACCAGAGCACCUGGAAGCUGAGCAAGGACGCCGCUCUGGUCUAUUACUGUGAUAACGAAACGGUCGACGGGGUUGAGUUCCCCGAGUUCCCGUCAGUCCUUGCGCCGAGAGCGGAUGGGUCGGGCCCGAUCGUGGUUGCCGACAUGUCGUCCAACAUUCUGUCUCGGCGGGUGCCAGUGGAGAAUUUCUCGCUCAUCUUUUUUGGUGCUCAAAAGAACCUCGGCUCGACCGGCGUCACGGUGGCUGUCGUCCGGAAGAGUCUGCUGCCUCCUGUAACCUCGCAGCCCAGCCCGGCGCUGCUGAGGAAACUGGGCCUACCGAUUCCGCCCAUCAUCCUGCAGUACGAGACGAUUGCGAGGAAUAACAGCUUGUACAACACAUUGAGCAUCUUUGACGUGUACAUUGCUGGCCAGGUACUCAAGAAGCUGCUGCGGACGUAUCCCGACAAGGUCGACGGACAGCAAGCCGUGUCGGAGAAGAAAGCGAACAUCAUCUAUGCCGCCUUGGAGGCGCAUCCGGAAGUGUACCGGAUUGUGCCGGACAAGUCGGCCCGCUCAAGGAUGAACAUCUGCUUCCGGGUGAUCAAGAACGGUAACAUUGACGAGGCGGAAAAGACCUUCCUCAAGGAGGCCACGGCCCAGGGACUGACGGGCCUCAAGGGGCACCGCAGCGUGGGCGGUAUCCGGGCCAGCAACUACAACUCAAUUCCGUUGGAAGGGGCGGAGAAGUUGGCCAGAUUUAUCGAUGCAUUUGCGAAGGCGUAGUUGUUCAUGGGUUUUGGGUGUAUGGGCUGACGAGUAAUAAAAAAGGGGGGAAAUCAUUUGUUUUUCGACAAGGCGUCUUUGUCAUGUCAUAUUGCAUACAAACUUACGAGGCUAGUUCAACUGCUAAGCCAGAUCAACCACAGCAAAAUGUUCCC